AUGCCUAUCCAUCCAACCCCAGCUUUCUUUUUCUCUCAUGGCUCGACUAUGAUGCUCGGUGAGGAAUCGGAGCCGGCCGAGGUCUGGAAAUCUGUUGGCGAUGAGGCACAAAAACGUGGCGUAAAAAGCAUAGUAAUGAUGGGCGCACACUGGGAAUGCACAGGAAACAAGAUUGAAGUUGCCAUGAACCCGCAGCCACAGAAGACACCAGUAGCCUACGUGGCGCCGAAACGAUACCACAAUUUUAAACUCGUCCCCGACAUCCCUCUUGGCCAUAGGGUCAUUGGCAUGCUACAGGAGAGUGGGUUUGAGGUUGAAGCAAAUACGACAUUUGACUACAUCCACGACACUUUCUUAAUUUUGAUACGCAUGUUUCCUUUACGGAACUCAAAUAUCCCAGUUGUGGUGAUUUCUGCAAAUGCGCGGUUUGACCCUCAUUACCAUAUCAAGAUGGGUGCCGUUCUGCGACCGCUGCGAUACGAGAACGUGCUGAUUGUCGGUUCUGGUGGCACGGUGCAUAACCUCUACCGCAACUAUUGGAUGCAAAUGGUUCUAUACAGAGAUAAUUUCGCACAAUCAGUACCUCCGGGUGAUUUUGCUCUCGAGUUCCGGCAGGCAAUGGAGGACGCCUUUACAAUGAAUCGUGGCCCGGUCUUGCGGAGAGCAAUCGCGAAACUCAUGAAACAUCCGAGAUACCGGGAGGCUCAUGGCACAGAUGAUCAUUUCAUCUCAGCAGCUUUUAUUAGCGGUGUAGCUGGGGACUUGGAAGAUGUUGCCUGGCCAAACUCUUUUUUAGCCGAGUGUUGGGAGUUGGUCAAUAUGGCAAAUAGUCAGUUUCAACUGGGCACCUGGGAAUAA